AAAAACAAACAAACAGAAAAUGAAGUACUUCAACAUCUGCCUGCUCUUUAUCAUUUGUGCCCUGUGCUAUGGACUCGUAGCUGCCCAGGAGGAGGGUGCACCGGCUGCGGCUGUGUCGCCAGCGAAGCGCAUUGCUGCACUGCGUCGCCCGGUGGGCAAGGCGGCCAAGCCAACGACAACCACAACUGCAGCGCCUGCGCAUGAGGCCGGCGAGGAGGAGGACUACAAUGAGGAGGCUGGUGGCGGCGAGCAUGGCGAGGAGACAGAUGAGGUCGCUCCAGUCAGCACCACCACCUCGACGGAGGCGCCCAAGAAGGUGGGACCAGUGAUCCGGCCAUUCCGCUCCAACGAUGAUUUCCUCAACUCACUGAAGCGUCGCCAGCAGAACGCCAAGAAACAUCGUGCCGAGAAGGUGCCAGCCAGCAAGCCUGCCAGGAAAUCCGAUGACGCAUCCGGCGAACAUGAGGAGGAGCAUGUGGCUGCCGCCGCAGCGCCAGCACCAACGCCAGCCAAGAGCUUCAAGGGCAGCUCAGCAUUGAGCCGUCGCAAGCUGUCCAAGCCAGCAAAGGCUGCCGCCCAAGCAGAGCCCGCUGAGGCGGAUGCCGCUGCAGCGGAAUCCCAAAAGGAGGAGGACGCCAAGCCCAAGCGUCCCGGCCGUCCCAGUCCGUUGGCUUUGAGGAAGCGCAACUAAGCAAGCGCCGCUUGCUCACUCAUUCAUUUUCUUACGCUCACUCGCUAUUUCUCUUUCUGUCUCUUACUCUCCUACUCUCUUUCUCUCUCUCUCACUCUUUCUCAUUCUCACACGCUAUCUCUUUCACUGCCGUGCAACUACUAUUUGCCUCUCAUUCCAACUCAUGGCUAGCUAUUGGCAGCCCCAGACCUGCCGCUUAGUAUUUAGUUCAUCUAUGCCCAUAUAUGAAUAAACAAGCGCAUAUAUGCGUAUCUGAACAAUCAGCGCAUGCGUAUUUGUGCAGCUUAAAUGGGCACUACUCACAUAUCCAUAUGUAUCUCCAUGUUACCCGACACACAAACAACCACAACAACAA